AUGGAAAAAAUGAGGUAUAAAUAUGAACCAUUUUUGGGGGAUGAUAUAGGAGAGACAGAUUUGAUAAAUAACCAAGGAAAUGAUGAUAAAGAAAUAAAAGAGUCGAAUUUAAAUAAUAUAUAUAGUAAAAUAAUAAAAAUUAGAAAAGAAUUAGAAAAAAAUUAUAAUUUAUUUUAUUCAUAUAAUUUAAUUAUUAGUAGUAAUGAUAAGCAAGAAAAUAUGAACAGUUCAUAUAAUAAUUACAAUAACAUGUACAAUAAGAAUAAUAAUAUACUACCUAGCAAUAAUACAACACCAAAUAAUAUAACAUUAAAUAAAAUAAAUGCAUUAACAAAUUCUUUUUAUGUAAAUGUAGAAACCUUAAAAAAUACUUUUGAAUUUAUAAAUAUUAAUAACAGAGAAAUUUUGAAUAGCAAAAAUAUAAUUUGGGAAAAAAGAAUUGAAACAUUAAAUAGCGAAGCAAAUGCUUAUAUAAAAACUUUGGACAAUAUAUAUAAAACAAAUUUAAGAAAACAAGAGCAAAUAAGAAAUAAUAAUAGCAAUGGAAAUUUAGGAUAUUCACAUAAUAAAAAAAAAAAAAAAUUCGAAAAUGAUGAUAAUACAAUUAGCUAUUUAAAUAAAGAAAGAGAAAUUUUGAAAGACGUUGAAAAUAAUUUAAAUAUAUUUCAUGUUCAGGGUCUUAAUACCUUAGAUAUGUUAAGAAAACAAAAUAAAUUUUUAAAAGGGGUUCGAAAAAAAGUUAUUGAUAUGUAUAAUUAUAUUGGAUUAUCUUCAUCUUUAAUUAGUACUAUAAAAAAAACAGAUAAACAAAACUUAAUUAUUGUAAUUGUUGGAAUUAUUUUAUCCUCGAUUUUUUUUUAUGUUUUAUAUUCUUAUUUCAAGCGAUAA